UGUGAGAUGUAGCUCUGCAUUCAUCCUCGGCACAUUCACCACCCCGCACGCACUUUGUACCAGCACAUACUGCUGCACAUCAUCACACACACAUUGUUUUUCAUACACACACUGCUUCACUUCUUCGUCUCCUGAGAUCAAAUCACCAAAAAACCGAAGAUGAAAAUUAACGGAUGCCUCAAAUGCCUCUUUGUCUUCUUCAAUGUCCUGUUUGCAAUCAUUGGAUGUUUGCUGAUCUAUGGGACAGUGAAGGCCACCAUCGUCAGCUCUCAGCUGUCUGCGUUUGGAGGCCCUAGCCUGGGUUGGGGAUGGGUGUUUGCCAUCGGCGUCCUUGGCAUCUCCUGCCUGGGAAUCUAUGCAGCCUGUUCUGAGAAAGUCCUAGCCCUGAAAAUAUUUGCGGGCUUCAUGGGGGUUGGGAUGGUCAUCAUGCUGAUCUUUGGCAUCGUUGUCGUUGUUGCAAGGAACAAGAUCAGAGAUAACUACAAUUCUGUCGCAGAAGAAGUGGCAAAACAAAUACAGAAUGAUGAUGGACUGAGACAGACUCUUGAGGCCAUACAGUUAACUUUGCAAUGCUGUGGAGUGGUCCGUGCUGAGGACUGGGGUAGUGAUAUCCCCCAAUCCUGUGAGUGCAACACAAAUGGACCCCUUGGAAAAGCUACAUGUAAAGCCAAACCUCAGGGAACCACAGGCCCAAGCCAAAUUUAUGAUCAGCCCUGUGGUACUGUAAUAUAUUCCUGGAUAGACAUCGCCUUCCAGGUUUUCAUGGGCAUCUGUUUUGGAUUUGCUGUUACUGCACUGAUGGGUCUGUUGGUCUCCCUCCUGAUGAUCCAUCAGAUCAAACGUUACGACAAUGUAGGAGGGGCGUCCAUUGCCAUGAAGGGCUACUGAGGGGAACCAUCAUUCAGCCCUUACCUCUGAACUAUAAUUGGAGGACACAGUUGUUAAUACAUGCCUUAUUCUUUACUUUUUUUUAAUUUUUUUUUUUUUUACAACAUUUCUGCCUUGUAAGAGAACGACAGGGAGAGCAGGAGACAGAGUGACAAUGUGGUGUGCUGCAGGAAGAUUUCAUUUUGGAGAAAAAGUGCUGUCUCCAAGCACUUUUUCUUCCAGCUUUCUAUUGUAGAAAAUAUUGCUUGAAUAGCAAACAUUUAUUUUUUGGAGAAUUAUAUAUCUCUUUUGUGUUAUUUGAUGGUAUACAGUAUUGUAAUCUUAUGUAACAGAGACAUAUUAUAUGAAAGAAGCAGUUUCUAAAGCUUAACCCUUCUCCAUGACUAAAGCUGUGUUAGCCCGAGGAGGUCGUAACAUCAGAGUUACCACUGAUUUUAAAAACAACAAUUAAAUAGUUUGGAAAGUUUUACAUCUUUGUUAAACUGGUGUUGCUGGAAGCUCAUUGAUGUAGUGACUAGUUGUUGGGCUAGUUGAACUAGUGCAGCUGGAGAGCUAAUUCCUAACACACUUAGCUGCCAGGAACAUGCUAGUGCUAGACUGUUACCAUGGUGCUUCCAACUAAACAUCAUGCUAACUGUCAUUUAGCUUUAAAGUUACACAGUCCAGUUAUUUACUUAGUUAAAGGUCAGUUAGCAAGCAAGUUAACAAAUUCAUGUAGUUUAUUCAAAAGACUACCACAACCAAAAGUGGAUGGUGCAACACAGCUAACAGACUAAUUGGAUAGCUCCCUCUAUUUUGAACUCAUUCUCUCCAAAGGGCAGCGCUGUGAAGAUAGUUUGCUAUUGGUUAACAGCACAAUUUUGUGUGUCAAAGGGGAGAUUUAUUGAAAAUAUAUUUGUGGAUUUGAUUUGUCCCUGCAAGCAAAUCCAUUGAUUGCAAACAUUUUGUUGCAAUUUAUUUAUUUUGCUGCAGGAUUUUGCUGUUUUUAAUGCUAGUGAAGUUAUCAAAAUCAGUUUUAUGUGUCCAAUACAGAAAUAGUUUCAGGAUUCAUUUAGUUUAAUUUGGUGCAAAGACUCAAGUUGGGGGGGGUGGGGGGUGUCUGCUAGCCUAGCUGUAAAACCAUCUUGUUACUAUUGUUACAAAUGUUACUAUUGUUUGAUCUGAUCAGAAUCUGCACUGAUAAUAGCUUUUACAUUAUUGCUCUUAACAUAUCUGGCAAUGCCUAGAGACAGUUUUAAGAUGAGGAUUCUCCGAUGGAUGUCCGAUGUUGUAUUUUUUAAAUUUUUUUAAUAAAGACCACGAUCGUUUUAUUGUAAUUAUAAAGACUGAUUCUUUUUACUGCUGGAUUGUGGUCAGUAAUCUGAAGGAAUUGUCAACAUGAAGUUACCAACAAACAUUUAGGAACCUCCUUGGGUUAAAAUGAUCAGGUCAGAGAGGAACUCUGUCACCUGUUUGCAUGUUUGUAAAAAAUUCUAUGACAGUGAACUUGCAUAUUUUCCAGACUAUGUGUGUUUCUGUAAAUCACUUAAGUAAAAAUAAAUCACUCCAGUGGACUUAUAUCAUCAUGA